AUGGCCGAAGCAGAAGGAGCGAGCAGUGUCAACAUUCAAAAUUCACCCGGUGGUAAUAAAGCAAUCUUGAGAAUUAAAAGGAAAAGAAGCGCAGAUCCAGCGGAUAUAUUAUGUAAGUAUAUAUGUCGUAUAAUUUUAGCGCUUGAUACUACAAAUUACAGGGUGUACUUUUGAUGUACAAAUCAUUACUGAAAGUAUGUAUCGUACGAGAGCUGGCUAAAUCAAGACUUAUUUAUUGAGCAUGCGACUUUCAUUGGUAGGAACGUAAAAUUUAAGGGUAAUUCUGCACAGCACUUGCAUUCAACACUCAAUUAUAAAUGAAUUUACUGAACUGCAAAUUUGAGUAGUUGACUAGACUUGCUAUACUGUCGCUGGCCUGAAUUCCAUAUAAACAAUACACUGGACUUAUGCCAAGGCAAGUUUAUGCUAUGUCCACUUUGACAUACUAUAAAUAUAAUUUCUAAUACCAUUAUAUGUCUAAAUGACAUGAGACAAAGACUGAAUGACUAAGAGACAUGCAGAUAUCAUUACAGUUGCCAUUUUUAUACCAUUCUGUGAGGGUUUGCUGUAUAUGUGUAGAAUAUAAUUAAAACUCAUUAGGACUUAGGGACCGCUCAUUAUUUAUUGUACAGGGGGGGAUUGAGGAGAAACUGGGGGGGGCUUUAAAUUUUUCAAAACCUGAAAGGGGGGGCUUUGAAAAAAUACAGAGAGACGAAAGAAGGGGGCCUUUGAAAAUAUUUACCAGUUUGAAAAACAUUAGUAGUUUUAAAAAUGUAUCACAAAACAACUUAACAACAAAUAACAAUAUUUAUAGACUUUAAUAUUCAUAAAUGGAAGUCAAAUAAAAAGUCUCUCGUGUUCAUGUAAAUAGACAAUUCCCAUUAUAGACUAAUUUUAGAACUAGGCUAAGAGAUGCAAAUCAAGGCCGGAUUUUGGUGCAAAUAGUGGGGGAGGUGGACAAAAAUUUUAGGAGAGGUGCAGUGGUCUAGCUCACAACUCCCAUGGAAAGUUAGGGCUUAUUUUCGAACAGGCCAAUAUCAACGAGGUGAGGUAUGCAUGUAGUGUACAUAAUAUGUACCAGUGUAUUAAUGAAUUAUGAAUGUAUGACUCCAAUCUUGCCCUUCAUUACAAUUGCUACCCUGUUUCUUUCAAAACAUUGCAUUAAAAGGGUGCUUGACAUGGCUAUCACUGUUUCAAUUUUACAGAGAAAACUUUCUUACGUCACAAAGUGUAGAUCCUAAGCAACCAUCACAUUUUCACUUUGUUCCAUCAUUGAAACUUUCCAAAGGGGAAGUGCAUGACCUUUCAAGAGAGGUGGAAAAAUUCUCAGGGGAGGUGCAAAACGAUCUCUGGGGAGGUGCGCACCUCUCCACACUUCCCUCAAAAUCCGGCAUUGAUGCAAAUAAAUCACCACAGCUAGAAAGAGCAUACUAAAAUAAGUAAAUUAUUGCCAAGUUUGGUUGCGAAUUGUUGCAAAAUACGGAAAUAUAUAGCCUUGCAAAGUUUGCAAAUUUUGUACACUUUUGUAUUGCAUGCGAAAAUUGCAAUUAUACAAAAGAAUACAAAAUUUGCAAACUUUGGAAGGCUAUAUUUUCUACAUAUUUUACAACAUUUUGCAACCAAACUUUGGAAUUUUACUCAUUUUAGUAUGCCCUUCCCGGGAAUAUACUUUUUUGCUAAGAUAAAAAAUUAGUCUAUAAUGGGAAUGUCUAUUGGUCCCCAUUACCUAUUUUUCUUUCUCUAAAAUAAACAGCUAGAGUUUUUGUUUCUCUAAAUAAAGAUAAAGAGCUAGAGGGGGGGGGGGAUUUAUGUUCUUGUUUUGCCUGUUGGGGGGGCUUUGAAAAUUUUACUUGUCUUAAGAGGGGGGUAACGAAAAAAUAUUAUAACUGUAGAGUUUCUCCUCAGUCCCCCCCUGUACAAUAAAUAAUGAGCGGUCCCUUAGUGAUGAUAUCUGCACCAUAAUCAUUUUUUAAGUUCAUUAUUGCACUUAUAAUCUUUUAAUGUUAUCUUUCCCUAGUGGUUUCUCAUGCCUUUAAAAAGGCCUUCACUGAUGAAGAUCAUAAACUUUCCUCUGAUGAACAUAAGUCAGGUAUAAUUUGACUGUUUCCCAUAGUUCUUGAUAAAACAAUUCAAUUUAACUACGUAUCUUUAUAUAAUUAUUUACUUUCACAUUCAGUUCAAAGAGUGUUCAGACUUGCUGGAACUGUUUCAAAGAAAAAUGAUGAAACAAUAUCUCAGGAAAUUUUGGUAGGAUUUUGAAUGCCUUCUGUUUACUUGUACUUGCCAUUGACUAAAAAAUCUAAUCCUUUUCCAGACGAAACUGUCAUCGAGUGAUAGACAUAAAUCAAAAGUAAAAGUCAACACUAGAAACGAGUUGACUGUUGAUGCAAUUAAUGCGAAACUGAGAGAGACAAAAAAGGUUUGAAUGAAUUUAAUGUUGUACCUUAUCUUUGUACAUCUUGAAUAUGGCAACUCGCAAGGUGGAAAAAAUAGUCAAGCCCAGGAAAUGUUAAACAGCUGUAGGAAAUUUGUUAGAUUGAAGGGAAACCCUAAUUAUAUGUAUGUUCUAUUAUUGGCCCAACAAUAUAUGGUUGACAGACAUCUUUCCUGGAAGUUAAACCAUGGCCAACUGGAUCACUAUGUUUAGGCAGUGGGGAGAAGGGGGCAACUCCCCCUCCCCCAAUAAUUUUGGAGAGCCUCUGAAUGAUCUAGCUGAAUAACUAGCUGUGUAACAAAGAUGUAACAAUAAUGUUUCAAUCAUGAAAACCUUGAUAGGCUAUGUAUUGCAUGAAAUUUAAAGGAAAAAAGUUUAAAAACUAAGAUUUUCAGGACCAAAAGAAGGCUAUAUGUUGGUAAACUAAGUUUGCCCCUCCAACAUUGUGUUUAGGCACAAAUGUAGUACACAAAUAUUCAGUUGACCUGUAGGAAAUGUUUAUUUCCACAAGCAGUCCUGGGAAGAAAAUUAUUUUCUCUAACCCUAGUACAAGUUGCUUGUCGUGUUACUCUGAGUGUAUAAUCACACCGGGCAAGCUUGACAGGCAUUUUCAAGCUUGCUUGGUGUGGAUAUACACUCAGAGUAACACCACAAGCAUCAUAUUCACCUGAGUACAUUACACCAACACAGAAAAAACCUGGUAUAAGUUGUUUAUAAGUACAAGUUCUUGUUUUCUAGUUGGCAAGACAAACAUCCAGAUACAAAGUUGUUUCCAAACACAGAAACGAUGUUGAGGAUGAUGACGAAGAUACGGAUGAGGUAGAUGCCGCAAUGCAAGAGAUGAUGAAACUAUAUCAACUGUAUGAUGUGGUGUUAGAUGAAGCUCAAUCUAGGUGA